AUGUGCUUUUUGUUUUGCCGGAAACAUUGGGUACUACUUGUCAUCAAUCUCGAUGCUGAGGUGAUAUAUUACAUGGAUCCGUUGAAUGGUGAACCAACUAAACAUCAAAAUUUUAAAACCAAGUUUGAGAAUGCAUUGCAAUUUUAUCGUGCUAAUAGUAACUCUAAAGUGCCUAAAGUCUCCAAGUCAAAGAAAAUUGCAUGGUCAAAAAUUUGGUGUCCCCGUCAAUUUAAUAGCAUUGACUGUGGAUAUUUUGUAAUGCGAUUUAUGAAAGAGGUCAUCAUGGAAAAUGAAAUUAUGAUCCCCAUAAAUUACUUUCCUGACCACAAGUGUCGUACCUACUCUAAGGAUAAGUUAACUGAGGUCAAAGAUGAUUGGGCUACCUAUAUGGUGGAUGAUAUUUUCAGAAAACAAGAAGCAAUGAUUUUGCCUAGCUAG